UGAUUUUUAGUCCAACAACAGACGUCGAGUCGAGAGCACACACACUCCGAGAGCAGUGCGCGCAUGUCAGCCGAGUUUCGUAUUCGAGUCGAGUCGAGGCACCACAUGGCGUAUACGUGUUGCGGGGCAUUCCAACGGGUGCACUGAGUCCAUUAUGGUCACUGGUCGAAUAGAAAUCCGCGUCCGAGCUCUGUAACCAGACCAGAUGUGUCACUCCUACAACUGCCCGAGUCUUUGCCCGAUCAGAAUGUGAACAACCAUCUCCGCAUCUAGGACAAAUUCAAUAUGGUCAUUGGCUCACGUGAUGUGAUUUGAAUAGAGGUCCCGGCUAAGUGCAACAAGCUGCAAUUGGCAAUUUGCGUGUUGUGCGGCUUGCUUUGAUGGAUUUGCUCCAAUUGGACCUCAGUCGGUAUUAAAAAUAAGGCCACUUUUCGAUUGAAUGCAGCAGAGCCAGCAGCAGAAUCAGCCCCCGCAUAAACCAACAGCACGUGCAACAUCUGCAGCAGCAGCAGAAACAACGGAGGCAGCAACCGCAACAAGAACAACAUGUUGACAACACACCAUUUGCAUCAUCUGCACCAUCAUCGAGGCAGCACCGCCGUGGAAUUGGAUAAGAUCACGAAUCUAAAUACGCUCAUCGUGGAGAUCAACAGCCAUGUGGCACUGUUUCGCGAUAUGCUGAUACACGUGGGGCAGGCCAAGGAUUGCCCCGAGCUGCGCGAGAAGAUACGCAAGCUGCGUCGCACCUGCGUGGAGGCAUUCAAGCACACCGCCCAGAUACUCCUGCCGCAGGUCAAGAGCGCCAUGGCCGAUGGCAUACUCACCGACAACCCGCACUUGGUGCUAGUGUUCUACAUGGCCCAGUUAUUCCUACGUGAACUUGUGAAAAGUUAUCGUCUCAUACAGGUCGUGCCAAUGGAUAUGUCGGGCUAUUAUGAGAACCGCGCGGGGCCCUCGAACCUGGGGAAUGUCAUAAGCCAAAUAUUGUUGUGCAAACAAUUUACACCCGACUUCAAUGAGGAGGAAUUGUGUAGCAUCACCAAAGACUCGCAGGACAUUGCCGUUCUACUCUCCGAACUGCAGGAGUACAUGCCACAACAUGAGGCAUAUUUGGAAAGGAACGCAGCCCUGGACACCACUGGACCCUGGCAGGCCAAGAGGCGCCAAAACUAUAUCUGCAAGAACAUGAGCCUACUGUGCUGCGUCUCAAGGCCCAACUAUCUCUGAGAGCAGGCCGACAGUGUUUAAGCUCCAGAAAUGGUUCCCAAAACACAGCCGCACUCAUACUCUACUUAUAUCAAUUACUAAGAUAAGACUAAGAUAUAUACCAUAUAAUACUUAACAAUAGAACAUGUUACAAAAGGAUGUACAAACUUCUAGAAGGAGAAGAAACAGAGUCAGAAGAAGUUCCAGAAGUGAGCCAAAAAUAAAAAAAGGAUCAGAGGAAGGAGUUACCCAAUUAGCAUUGUACUAUAAUUAAAGGAAGUGCAAAGGACGCAAUGUUUAUCUUCGUGUGUAUAAUCAAAGUUAAUUAUGCUGCAUAUACAAUAUUAAUGUAAAACGAAUUACAAAAAAAAGAUAUAGAUAUAUUCAUAUAUAGAGAAUUUCAGCUAUUAGAGUACAGCAAACAUUUAUGGAGAAUACAAUUAGCAUAUAAAGCCAGUUAAGACUUUUUAGGCCUGUAAAUGACAGUCACUGUAAACUUACACACUAUUUAUCAUAUACUAAAGUUAGCUAAAUACAUAAAUCAUUGAGUUAACAUUACGAUUAGGCUGAGGCUGAGGUCGGGCAGGACUUGGUGCUGGGAGCAAGGCAGUUAGGUUGUAGUUCCAUACGAAUAUGAAUGUAGCCUUCGUAAUUAAGUUGAAAGCCUCGGCAGGCAAGUGCUAAAAAAAAGCAAUAAAACACAGUGUUGUUAAAUCAAACACUGAAACAUACUCCUUAGCAAAUAGAAUUUUAUUCGGAAUGUCUCUAGGUUUCUGUUUGAUCAUUUCAGGGUUUUCAAAGCACAGUACCUAAAAAAACAAACAAAAAACAAAAACAACAACAACAAACGAGCAACAUGUGACCAAUGAAAAUAUAACUAAACAAACGAUGAACAAUCCAUUUUAUUCAAACAAAAAUUCAUACCAUUAAAUAUAAUAAAACACAAAUCCCGUGGACAGACAUAAAUAAGCAAACAAUAAAUUUCAAUCAACAAAGUUUUUGUAAAUUGAAAUGAAACAAAAUUAGGUUCCCGCAAAAGUUCAAAAUAAUCGCAACACGUUUUUUCAAGUAGUCACAAAAUGAAAUAAUAUUAUGGGUCAAUUAGUAGUGUUUUGUGGAGGACUUACAGCAAAG